AUGGUGAUAGAGCUCUUCGCCGACACGAACCCUCUGACCGCGGAGAACUUCCGAGCUCUCUGUACGGGGGAGAAAGGCAUAGGUGAGUCUGGUCUACCGCUCCACUACAAGGGAACCGUUAUCCACGGUAUAAUCCCUGAUGAUGAUAUUUGGUUCGGAGGGGAUAUCACUCACGGGAACGGACUUGGAGGCGAAUCGAUCUACGGCCUGAACCAUCAGUCGACCCCCAAGAGUCUCCGGGCUACGACGACGACGGACGGCGAGCACAUCGUGGUCGGACGAGUUUUGGAUGGGCUUGACGUGAUCGCUACCGUUGGGAAAACGGUCGGGAAUGAGUUUGUGUAUCCUUCCGAGCCCGUGACGAUCGCUGACUGCGGUCAGAUUCUUCCCGAGUCUGGUGGUUCUGCUGUGUCAACAACGGUAGAUUACUCUGCCUUUGUUUUGGACUUGGUUUCAGACUACUCUGCCCCGGUAAUUUUUAAGAAGUUGCUGGAUCAGUUACGAUAUGCCCAACUGAAGAUCGCCAAAUUGGAGACCGCAAUGGCAAAGGAGACCUAUGCGUAUGAAAUGGGAUAUUCCAGAGGCAAUGCACUGGCGUCGGUGGUCAUGGCACGUCGUAUGAUGGCAGAUGAAGAUGAAGGAGAAGGCUUGGUCAAAAAGAAAAGAAGAAAAUGA